AAAAGCACGUUCAUUUCCAGGCACUCUCAUUCAUAGAGCCAGCGGGCGCGGGCGCGGGCGCGGCGGGACGGUCGGCACGGGCGCCCCGCGGCCGGACCAGCAGGCAGCACGCAGCCCGGCCCUGGCCGGCAGGCACCCUUCCCCGGACUCCGGGGGACGCGAGAAGAAAGUCAACCUUCGCUGCUUCUCCUUGACCUGCGCUGGAGCUUCGAUUUUUUAUUUUUUUCCCCCUUUCGUUCUUACUUUUGAAUGAACUGGUUUCUUGGCUGGAUGGUUCCACUUCUUUCCUGGCUGUGAACUUUUCCCGGUUGUUUUCCUUUGACAACUGCAGGAGAAAGUGCGCUGUGUCGCGAGGCGAGCUGCGAAGUUGCCUGUGCGUGGCAGUGUGCGUGGGAGUGUGUGCGUGGGUAACUCGAGCGGCCACCCGUCCGUGUCGAUCUGCGCUGCGGCGCCCCCUCCCCCGGAGGCCCGCUCCACCUGCUGCGGUUACACGGUGGUUGUGGGUACCGCGGGGCCCGGCAGUUCGCAGGCGGGCGCCGGGGAGGCCCUGGAGGAAGAUCCGCUCCCUGCCGCCUCCCGCCGGGGCUGACUCACAGCCGGAGCCCUGCAGACAGCGGCUGGCUCCGGGAGUGCAUGUCUGCGUGCGUGUGACUCCGCUGCUGUUCGACUCCCACCAAACCACGGGAUCAGCCACAAACUUAACCAACAUCCCCAAACCCGAGUUCUCAGAUGUGGAGAGCUGUUUCCCUGUGUGUCAUCAACGUGGAUUUUUUUUUUUUAAGAUCAGCUUUUCUUUGAAAAGCUGAAUUUUCGGAACUGAGCAUUCUGCCAGAACUUAUUGAGAGACCAUGACAAGUAUUUCUACCCGGCCCUUCUCCAACUACUGAAGCUGAUUUUCAAGGCUACUUUAAAAAAAAAAAACGGCAGCGGACAUUAAUGGAUUUCUGUUGUGUUUAAAUUCUCUACAGAUUGUCUUGUAAAUAUUUUAUGAAGUAGAGCAUAUGUAUAUAUAUUUAUAUGUGUGUGUGUAUAUAUGCACAUACAUUAGUAGCGCGACCUUCGGAAGUCGCAGCUCUUGCGUUGGAGGACCGAGGCCAGUUUUGCAUGAUAAAAGCGGCGAUGUUUAUGGAAGACGACCCUGUAUUUUCUGUUGUGUUGGGACGUUAGACAAAACUCACCUGGGAAAACUGACAGGCGGUUAACUACUGGAACUUCCAAACUGUGCGGUUGCCGGUCCUUUUUCUCUCCGCAGACAUGUUGUAGGGAGUGUAUGGGGAUUUUGCCCCCGGAAACUUUUGUGACAGCCAAAGACUGAGCUGAAAUUCUCAAAGCAAGACUCGGACGAAGACUGUCCGGUCCCCCUUGGCAUUUGGGUUUGGAUUCUGGUCUCCCACUUUUAAAGCGCUCAGCAGCCGGAUGCUGGGAGCCCUGCCCGCCCGGGUCUGAGGCCCGUGGGCAAAACCAGAACUUGCCCCUCCUGGACAGUUCGUCACUUAAGUCAGCCCCCGCCCCCCGCCCCUGCGGCAGUCCAGGCCCCUGAACUUGUAUGUUGGUCUCCCGGGAGCUGCUGGCUGAAGAUCCGAGCCCCCGCCGCCCUCUGCUAGGAGCUGUUUGCAGGGCCCUAACUCAAUCGGCUUGUUGUGAUGCGUAUCCCCGUAGAUGCCAGCACGAGCCGCCGCUUCACGCCGCCGUCCACCGCGCUGAGCCCGGGCAAGAUGAGCGAGGCGCUGCCGCUGGGCGCCCCGGACGCCGGCGCCGCCCUGGCCGGCAAGCUGAGGAGCGGCGACCGCAGCAUGGUGGAGGUGCUGGCCGACCACCCGGGCGAGCUGGUGCGCACCGACAGCCCCAACUUCCUCUGCUCCGUGCUGCCCACGCACUGGCGCUGCAACAAGACCCUGCCCAUCGCUUUCAAGGUGGUGGCUCUCGGGGACGUUCCGGACGGGACGCUGGUCACCGUGAUGGCCGGCAAUGACGAGAACUACUCAGCCGAACUGAGAAACGCCACCGCGGCCAUGAAGAACCAAGUCGCGAGAUUCAAUGACCUCAGGUUUGUCGGCCGGAGUGGAAGAGGGAAGAGCUUCACGCUGACGAUCACCGUCUUCACAAACCCGCCGCAGGUCGCCACUUACCACCGCGCCAUCAAGAUCACCGUGGAUGGGCCCCGGGAACCCCGAAACACCAGGCAGAUCCAGCCCUCCCCGCCCUGGUCCUACGACCAGUCCUACCAGUACCUGGGCUCGAUCGCCUCUCCCUCCGUGCACCCAGCGACGCCCAUCUCGCCGGGCCGGGCCAGCGGCAUGACGACCCUCUCCGCGGAGAUCUCCAGCCGGCUCUCAACGGCCCCCGAGCUGACGGCCUUCGGCGACCCGCGCCAGUUCCCGGCGCUGCCCUCCAUCUCGGACCCGCGCAUGCACUACCCGGGCGCCUUCACCUACUCCCCGACGCCCGUCACCUCGGGCAUCGGCAUCGGCAUGUCGGCCAUGGGCUCGGCCACGCGCUACCACACGUACCUGCCGCCGCCCUACCCGGGCUCCUCGCAGGCGCAGGGCGGCCCCUUCCAGGCGGGCUCGCCCUCCUACCACCUGUACUACGGCGCGUCCGCCGGCUCCUACCAGUUCUCCAUGGUGGGCGAGCGCUCGCCGCCGCGCAUCCUGCCGCCCUGCACCAACGCGUCCACGGGCGCCGCGCUGCUGCACCCCAGCCUGCCCACGCCCAGCGACGCGGGCGAGGCCGAGGGCAGCCACAGCAACUCGCCCACCAUGCCCGCCGCGCGCCUGGAGGAGGCCGUGUGGCGGCCCUACUGAGCCCGCCUCGCCGGGCCGCCGGCACCAGCUGGACCGGCCGGGCCCCCGCGCCCCUGGCACCAGCUGGACCGGCCGGGCCAUCGCCAUCGCCAUCGCGGCCGGCCUCCAGCGCCAUGAGAGCCCGCCGUCUGCAGAGUGUGACGGUCCGGCCAUGUGGCCCCCGGGAGGCGAACAGGAAGAUUCCAGAGGAAAACUGUGAAUGCUUCUGAAUUAGCAAUGCUGUGAAUAAAAGAAAGAUUUUAUACCCUGACUUCACUUUUUAACCAAGUUGUUUAUUCCAAAGAGUAUGGAAGUUUGGUUCAGGGUUGGGGGAUGCAACUCAUCCUGUUUGGCAUCGAAUUGGUAUUGUUCAUGUUCUUUUCCAGCACCUUAUAAAUUGCAAAAUGCGUAUUUGCAUUUGAGGUGGUUUUAUUUUUAUAUACAUAUAUAUGAAAAUUUGAGCUUGCUUCUUUCUCGCUAUGACAAUUGAAAAAAAAUAUGAUUCCUUUCCUUGUAAGUUUUAUUUAACUUUUCUUUUGGACUUUUGUGCAGUUGUGUGUUUGUGUUCUUUUAAGAAACAGCGACAGCUUUGGGUCAUUUUCAACUACUGUAUUCCCGCGAGGAGUCCCUAGAUAUUUAUGUAUCUUGAUGUAUAGACAGUCACUUAUGUGUUGAUACUUUUUUAUUAUUUAAAUGUACUUAUAUUAAGAAGAAGAAUAUCAAGUACUACAUUUUUUUUUGAUAGUAGCCAAAGUUAAAUGUAUCACAUUGAAGAAGGCUGGGGGAAAAGGGUGGGUAAUGUGAUCACUUGGUUAUCUACAUAUUGUUUACAUUAAACUUCCUUUAAUGUUAAUCGAACGA